CGUCCGAGCCCGCCGCGUCGCUCUGCCCUUUAGCUGCGGCCGGAGGCGUCGCCGCGCGAGCCGCUCUUGCCGGCCGAGCCCAGCUCUCCCGGGGCGGCAGGUGCAGGGCGGGGGGUUGGCGCGGCUCCAGGCUGGGCCGCGAUUGGCGGGCGGCUCUCCCGGGAGGGUCCCGGCGGCGGCGGAGCGAGUGGGGAAAGCAGCUCCAGGCCGGCCGCCUCCCGCGCUCCCCAAUGCGCCUCCGGCGGAAGCCCCGGCCAGCGGCGGUGCGCGCCUGAAGCACACGGGCAGCUGCGCCGGCGAGUCCCGCUCCCUCCCAGGCGUCGAAGGUGUUGAUGGGGAAGAGGUCGGAUGACAGCGGGGACCGUGGUUAUCACCGGCGGAAUAUUAGCAACUGUUAUAUUACUGUGCAUUAUAGCUGUUCUCUGCUACUGCAGGCUCCAGUAUUAUUGUUGCAAGAAGGAUGAGUCGGAAGAGGACGGCGAUGAGCCCGACUUCCCUGCGGAUUCGCACAUCCCGCCCCUGCACUGCAACCGUAACGUGGCUCUGACCAACGGCCCCUCCUUGUACCGCUCCCCCUACAAGAAGCCCUCCCAGUCCCGGACUGGCUGCCCCAGCUGCUCCCAGUAUGAGCCUCCAACGUUCUUCCUGCAGGAGCCCGAAGAGGAGGUCCGCAAUGGGGGCGACCUGGUCAACUACAAGGCCAUUAGCCAAGAAGACUUGGAGCUGCCCAUUGGCCUGAGUGGUGGCCUCCAGGCCCUCAACCCCAACCGGCUCUCUGCCAUGCGCGAAGCCUUCUCCCGCAGCCGCAGCAUCAGCACGGAUGUCUGACUGGCCUGGUUGAAGAGGCCCUGUCUCCCCCUCGGCUCGCCAAAGGCUGAAGACCACUUCUGCUUCCCAACCUCUUCCUCUCUC